AUGCUGACUUCACUUUUAAAAAGAAGAAAAGUCUUUUUGUAUAGUGUAAUAACUUUUGUAUUUUUACUUUUCACCAUCUUUUGUUAUAUAUACAAUGGAAACGAAGAAUUGAGAACCAAUGUAACAGAUACUAGCAUUGAUAAGUCCAGCCAUACUGCAGUAAAUGACAGUAUUCAGAAAAUUGACAGCAAUAAGCCAGACUUCAAAGAUAAGGUCAGAGGCUGCUUUGUUAUCCUAAUUCGAAACAGUGAAUUGGAAGGCAUUGUGUCCACUAUGCACCAAGUUGAGAAAACAUUCAACAAUAAAUUCCAAUAUCCUUAUGUCUUUUUGAACGACGACGAUUUCACAAAAACGUUCAAAAAUACCGUCACUGCUAUCACCAAUGCCAAAGUUUCAUUUGGAAUCAUAAACUCGACUAUGUGGGGAUAUCCAAAAUUCAUCAACCAAACUUAUGCAGCAGAAACGAGGGAAACUAUGGCUAAAAUGGAAAUCCCUUAUGCUACCAGUGAAUCUUAUAGACAUAUGUGUCGAUUUCAAAGCGGAUUCUUCUUCAGACAUCCUCUUCUGGAUGAAUUUGAUUUUUAUUGGCGAUUGGAACCUUAUACAGAUUAUUAUUGCGACAUCGAUUAUGAUGUAUUCAGAUAUAUGAAAGAAAACAAGAAAAAAUAUGGCUUUACUAUUGCUUAUAAAGAACAUAUCGAGACAGUUCCUACUCUUUGGAAUACAACCAUCAAGUUCUUAAAAGAUAACCCUGACAUAGCCAAGAAAAUGCCAAAUCCGAAUGAGAGUUUUUUUGACUUUGUCACAAACGAUGGCGGCCUAAGCUACAACACUUGUCACUUUUGGUCCAACUUUGAGAUUGGCGAUCUUUCACUGUGGAGAUCAGACGCUUAUUUACGAUAUUUCAAAUAUUUAGAUGAGGCGGGAGGCUUUUAUUAUGAGAGAUGGGGAGAUGCACCUGUUCACAGUAUAGCUGCCGCCUUUUUGCUGAAAAAAGAUGAAGUACAUUUUUUCAAAGAUAUUGGUUAUAGGCAUACCUCAUAUACCCAUUGCCCUGUUGAGCAAGAAUUCAGGUCAAAGUGCACUUGCAAUCCAAUCAUCAAUUUCGGUAAGUAA